AUGGACGAAACAAGUCAAAGUAUAGGUUGGAUGUACAGGACUUAAAUCGAGAGUGGGUUUAAGCAAUUAGACUAUCUUUUAAAGCGGUAUUAUGUUAAAUCUCUAUUUAGUGGAUAGGAUUAAUAUGAGGAAAAUAAGUAAGAAGAAAAUGAAUUAUAGACCUAAAAAAUUCAAUCCACAAUUAAGGAAGAAGUAUAUAAUGAUAGCAAAAACAUAUCUGAUUAAAUAAAAACGCCUAGAGGCUUAGGAAAUACGGAAACGAAAUCACCUUAAAACAUUUAAUCAUAAUUUUCAUACAAAACCAGUAAAUUAUCAAGCAUAUAACCAUAGCUGAUUUAAAACUAUAUAAAUGAGUAAUAAUCAGAUAUGAUGGAUUAAAUAAUAGACGAACCACCUGAAGUUAUACAGGUUGUAGAAAACUAAAAAAAUAUAACGAAAUCUUUAUCAAAAUUUCGCUAGCUCAAUUUAGACAGUGUAUAAUCACAGCAAUCUCCUAACAUUUUUGUUAACAACUACAAUAAUUAAGAAAUAAAGGAGCUGUAAUCAACUGAAAAAGCAUUUAAAACCCUGCAAUUCAAUGACAUAGUAUAUUUAAAAUUUAAGCAUGAAAGCAAGAAAGAGACUAACAGUGAGGAAUUAAAAAGCUUUUUAGUAAUAACAAAUACAAGGAAUUAGCUUGAAUGCAUUAGUGAAUAAGUUGAAUCUCUUGAUAACCCUAUUGCUAAUUUUAGGAGAUGCCUUUUUUAAGUUCUUAACCCAAGAUAAGCUUUAGAAAUCAAAAAACAUAAUCAAUAUAAUGCAGUAUAAAAGAAAGUCUAACGUUAGAGCUUAUUGUCUCUGGAAUUAAGUAACUAAGAUGAAAAUAAUUUUCAAAGAAAUAAAAAGCUCUAAAUGUUUGAAUAGUAGCUUAACGUUAAAAACGAUACCCAUGAAGAUGAUGGAGAUUUACUCGUCUAUGGAAAAUAAGUUAUGCUUUAUCAUUAAUAUUCUAAAAUGUUUUUAACAUUUAACCCAUAGAAACCAGCAAAAAAAAAUGGAUGCAUCUAAUGUACUUUAGAGAAAUUCCCUAACUAAUUUUCUAUAUUCAGAAUGCUCCCAAAUGAUUAUAGCCGUAGGGUUGGAGAUAAAAUAUUUGAUUCUGAUGUAAUCAAUAUUCAAGAAAUAAAAAAUAGUUAAUUUUUCCUCAAUGUUUCUCUUACCAAUAAAAUGAUAAAAGAUCCUCAGCAAGGUAAUAUUGGUUUCUUAUAAAAUAAUGUAUCGAUUCAGCCUAGUCCUUUCAGAGGUAGAUAAUAAAAUAGGAUACAUAUAAAUGCUAGUGAAGAACAAACAAAAUUUAAAGUAAAAUGCUAUAUUAGUAGAGAAUCAUUAGAAUAAACGAAAGACCAAGCAGAAGAAGGAAUUGCCUUUAAAACUGGAGAUAUUAUAAAAAUUUAACAUCUCGACUCAGGAGCUUUUUUGAGUGUUUCUGAGAAAAAGCUCUCAAGAUUUAUUUUGACCAAAAAUUGUAGAAUCCAACACAGCCAUGAUGAAGUAUAUUCUGGUCUAAGUGAUUAAAUAUUCACACUUAGGUUUUUAGAUUAAAAUAAAGUUUCUUCUCCUGAAAAUUUUGAAGCUAUAUAUGAUUCUGAAAAUACUAAUUCAUCAUAUUCAUUUUGGGAAAUACAACGCAAAGAUCACUUCACUGGAGGUGACCUAUAUAGCGAGGAAUGCUUCAGGUUGAAAAAUUUAGCAACAGGACUCUUUCUUUCUCGUGAUAAAGGAAUGCCUACGAAAUUUUCGUUAAUUUGGAAUGGAAAAGAUUAGGAUUGCUAUUUUUAUGUUAAAAAAGAUAAAACAAACAACGAAAAAAAGAAAAUUUACUUGUAAGAUACUUUCAAAAUAUACAAUUAAGAAAGAAAAUAUAUUCAUGUUGCUUCCAACCCUGAGAAAGGUAAAAUUACUUUGAGCUUACAACCUAAAAUUUCAGGAGUAAGUCUGCCUUACUUGCAUGCCUUUACAACUACUGACAAAAAAGUUGUAGAUUUUUUAGAAUAAAGCUUGUAAAUAUACAAUACCUUGCUACAGUUUCAUUAUUUUCUUCAGUGCUUUGCAAUAAAUGACAAAUUAAAGGGCAAUGAAGAAACUGUGUACUCUUAUCAAGAGGCAGUACACUAAUAAAAAAAAUUAGAGUCUGAAUACCAAUACGUACUUAGAGCUCUCAAUGAGUUAGAGAUAUUAUUAAUGAAAGAAUCAGUUGAUUCUCUUUAAGUUUUUUAGAUGAAAUAAUAAUUUUUAAGAGAAUAAAAAGUACUAGAGUUGCUUAUACUUAUUGUUAAAUUAAUUGAUGUUAUGUCCCAUGGAAAUAGGAGUUAGCAAGGUUAAAAAGAUAAAUCUAAAUUAAUAAAAAUGAAUAGAAGUGUAGGUUAUAAAAUAAAUGAGAAAUCACCACAAUAUAUAGUAAAUAAACACUUAUGUCAGUUACCUGUUAAAAUCUUCAACAUCCUAUAUUUAGGAUCGAAGUAGAAUGCUAAUUGGUCAUCUUAUAUUUUUGAGAAUGAUGAUUUUUUUUCAGGUCAACUUCGUUACUAUCCAAAAGAAGUUGGAUCGUUGCUUAAAGAAGCAAUCAAAAAUUUAUUUAAUCUCAAAGGAGAAGGUGCUUAAGGUGAUGAAAUAGUUGAGUGGGUUAAAUUGCUUGAACCUUUAGACGAAAGCAAAUCAAACAUCUUAGAUUAAACUUUUUACAUUGAUUUUAUUUCAUUAGCAAUGAUUGAUCCUUAACAAAAACCACUUUAAAUCUACUAAAACAAAUGCUCAACAGAACUAUUCUCUAAGGGAAAAGGUGGUUAGAGUAAGGCAAUCAUUUAAUUUCAUUAAGAUUUUACCAAUGGGACAUAUAUCUCGUUUUAUCAUGAAACUCCUUUGAACGAAUUCAUAAAUAGUAAUGCUCCUUUGAAUAAUAUUGGAGUAGAAAUAAAUAAAAGAGAUAAAAUGGCUUUUUCGCUUGAAAAAAUGAGUAAAGACGCAGAAAAGAAUAAGAGUAUCGCUCCAUAUUUAAAUUAUGUGUCUUCUGUUCUAACUUUAUUAGCAAAUUUAUGUAAUGGCAGAAAUAAAAAAUCUCUAACAUAGAUUAAGAAUACAUUAGGAAUAAAUGAAACUCACAUUUUUAAUGCACUCAAGUCGACUGAUAUUAAUAUAAGCAUAAGAACAAGCUAUUUUCAGAUUUAUGAGGUAAUAUUCCUUGACGAUGAACCUUUCUUGACUUUAGAAAAAUCUUAAAACAGAAGUUACAUAUGGAAGGAUAUAGAAAAGCGCUUUUUAUCAAGAAAGACUGCUGAGAUUUUCAAGUAGCUUUCAGAUUAAAGUGAUGUAAUAAAGAGCACUUAAAAUUUUGAUUAGAAUAUUUUGCCUAUUUUAGAAGAAUUUUGGGAAAGGGGAAUGCCUGAAUUAGAAAUUCAAGCCUUAAACAAAUAUUAGUUCAACAAUUUAACCUUAGAGUAACAGCAAGAAAAAUAAUAAAAUGCAAAAAUUCUGCUUAGAUUCGUCUUAGUAGUUUUGUAGGUCACAAGAAUCGCUAUGGAUUUAGGCUAACUCACAACUGAAAAAAUAGAUUAAAUUGUGAAUUAAGCAAUUUAAAUAUUAAAUGCUUUUAUUAAUUUCAGUAAAUUUAAGAGCAUUUUCUAGUAAGAGCACUGGCUUAAGAAAUUUUUCAAUAAGAUUUAGAAUUAUGGAGACUUAGAUUAGGAAUUAGAAGCUAUAAUUAUUGAAGUUUCCAAUUUAAUCAGACUUUAUUUAAAAAUAAAAUAAAAUCUUUAAAUUAAUUAAUUGCUAAAGUAGUUUUAUUAAGAGUACACAAGUCAAAAGAGUAGAAAGAAAUUUAGAGAGCUCCAAGAAGAUUUCUAACAAAUUAUCUAAGAUUUUACAAUAGUAUAAAAGUAAAUCAAUGUACCUCUCAAAGAAAAUAAAAAGCGUAGAGUGGAUUUCUUGAAUUUUAUAUAACAAAAUGAAGGUCAAUCAUAAUCUAUUAAAGACUCAGCUUUUAAUCCUUAUGGUAGAAACAAUAGCAAUAGUCUAAAUGCCAAUAAUAGCAAUAAUAAUAUGAUCAGCUAGUUCAAUGCAGAUAAGAAUGAAGGAGACAAAAAAGAUAACUUAGAUGAUGAUUCUUUAGCAAACAAAAUAGAAAAUAUGAUGUUGACCUUCCUUUUAAGCAAAGAGAAAUCUAAUAUAAGUCUUGCAUAUGAUCACGUGGCAGAGACAAUGUAAAUAGCUAUGAACCAUGCUAAAUUCUUUUGUGAGGAGAUUCAACAUGUUGAGCUAAUUGAUGGAGAAGACGAAUUAAGUUUAUACAAGCAACUUGAUAGCAAUCAUUCAGAAAAUUAGAUAGUUUCACCAAUUAAACUAGAAAUACAAGUAAAUAAUCUACUUUUUGACGAAUUUAACAAAGCGAAGGCUUUAAAGAAUGAAAAUUCGUCUGCUGAGAAUAUCCUACAAAUAAACAAUUUGGUUGAUAAGAUCGUAGGAGAAUUCAAAAAUAAAAGAAACAACUCUAACGCCGUGCUGCUGAAUAAAAUGCAAAAUAUUUUAAGAAAUGUACGAGUGCACAAAUCUAUAGCCAAUCUUCUAAAUCUGCCUUCUGAUGAAAAAGUUUAUCAUAAUAUGUUUGAAUGCGUUAUAAGCUUUUUGAUUAUAUUUUGUCAGGAUAAUCAUAUAAAUAAGAAAGAAAUUCUCCCAAGAUUUGAUGAUUUGCUAAAUCUAAUAAAUUACAAUGUUAAAGCAUAAAAGUUAAUAGGCUUAACUCUAUAGUCAGUGUGUUAAAGUGAGCUUGAGUUUAAGCCUUAUCUGUAAGCAAUAUUCUAGAAACUGACAUCUCCAGGCAUAACUAAAGUAGGAUAGACACACAUUUUUGAGAUGCUUCUAGCUUUUCUUAAAAAAAUAGAUACUCCAAAAUUUUAAGUUAUUUAAGAUACCAUUUAAUUCUAGAAAAAAAUUAAAAGAGAAGGCAUUUUAAUCCCAGAAAAUUAGUCAAAAAUCUUAAAUUUAAUCUUGCAAUUGAAUAUCAUUUAGCCUUUCCUGGAUUAGCACAAAACUCCAAGCGAUUUCUUAAAGCACUUUAAAGAAGGAUAAAAAGUUAAACAAGAUAUUUAUUUAUAUAAAAGUAUCAUGAAAUUAAUGAGUGCACUUUCAGAAAACAACUAACUUGGAAUAAUCUAAUGCUAAAGAAUUUUAGUUUAUGAAGAUUUGAAAUAACUUCUUUUAAGCGCUUAAAGUCCCUUCAUCAUUAAAAAAGAAGUUUUUAAAAUUCUGUUUUAGAUUUACAUACAGCAAUAUGAGGAUUAAAAUAACGGCUUCGCUCUUGUUGAAAUGAAUGAGCUGCUCUAAAAUGUAGUGCUAAAAGACCUUUCCUAAUUCUCGAGAUACAUAGAGGGAUUAGUUGAUCCUAAUAAUAAAUAUCUUUUUGAAGAUAACAAAGAAAAAGGAGUAAAACUUUAACAAAAGCUGAGGGAAUUUAUUAAAGAUUUAAUAGAAGAAAAGUCAGUUUAAAGCGAGCAGAAGUAAGUACUAAUUAGGAAGUCUAGUAACAACAAAGAAGAUGCAAAUAUAGAUAUAAUAGCAUCUCCAAAGGAAUACUGGGAUUAUUUGUAUUCAGGAAGCAAUUGGAAUUUUUCAAAAGAUGGACUUUUGCAAAUUUUAUUAGAUAUUUAUAGAGAAAUUGACAAAAGAAAAUGGCUGGCAUUUGAAACAUCCUAAGAAAAUAAAAGAGGUAGCACUGAUGAAGAAAACCUCACCGAUCACCUUCUAUCUAUUAAAAUUAUGUGCGAGAAUAUCAGGUUCAUUUUGAAGAAAAUAUAAAAUAAAUUCUAGAUAGAUCUUACUGAAAUUACAUACAUGUUUUCUGAGUGCAUCAUUUUAUGCUCAACGAAGAAACAUAGAACAAAUAUGAGCAAUUUCAAGCAUCAGAGUUAAAAUCUCCCAAGCAUUAGUCUUGAAAAAAAGUUAAAAGAAACAAGAACAGAAGAUUUAGAUACUUAUGUCAAGAGUUUUGGAUAAGCUAAGCUGAAUCAAAUAAAUGAAUAAUUAGAAAAACAUAAAAAUUUGUUUGAAAAAUAUUAAUUGCUUGAAUAAUAAAUUAAAGAUGCUCCAAAGGAAGCGAUUAAUUUUACCAACGACAAGGUAGUUUCUUCUUAAGUUGCAAGCGUAGUUCAUACUUAAAAAAAUAAAGCUUCUAAAGAAGAAUUGAAAAAUUCUAUAAUAACAUACUUCUUAUUCUUAGAAAAGUUAAGAAACUUGAUACUUUUAAAAUACAUUACCAUUCACUAAGUUUAUGAGAUUUUUGAUUCAAAUUAUAAUCCUUUGGAUUAGAAUGAAGAGUUUUUAAAAGAGGAAUUAAGAUUUAUUAAUUAAAUUGAAAAUGAAGUCUAACUUUAGCCAAAUCCGUUCUUGAUUAAUGAAUAAGAAUUUAUUGCUAAAUUUGUGAAUUUGAUGAAGUCUGUAGAAAUAUUUGGAAUAAAUGACCAAACAUACAUUGAUUAUGACGAUAUUUACUACUUUUUUAAUGCAUUUAUAAAUAUUUACCCUUUCUAAGAAGUUAAAGAUAAAAUGAUUCAGCUAGGAGCUCAAAAAGAAGGGAUUUAAACAAAUAUUGGAAUGUAAUAGGCCUCAAAAAGCAACAACCAAGCUUAAAAAAUGGACAAAUAAGUAUUUUUGAAAAAACUCAGCAGAUAUGUUGAAAAAAACAAGAGUGUCUAUGUUAAAUUGUAGAAAUAGAAAAAUGAACUCAUCUAAUUAACAGAAAACGAAAAAAGUUUUUAGCAACUCUAGUCUCUUAAAAAAUACACAAGUAUUUUUGAAAGAAUUAGUGAAGAAAACUGCAAAGAAAAACCUUUCAAACUAUUUGCUUAAAAAAUUAUGAACGAGAUUUUAUAAAGCAACGAUACAGAUUAAGGAAGGAAGAUAAAGUUAUACUUUGAGCAAUUUGUGAGCAUUUUAAAAAAGAAAGACUCUCACUAUUUUAGAAUUCUUUAAUACUUUAUUAAAGAUUUAGGAAUACAAUAGAGCAAAAGUGUGUAAUAAAUAUAAAAUUCUUAAAAAUAAUCAACUACAACCUUAGCAAACGCAUUAGAAUAAAUAGGCCUUUAAUCCAAGUAAAGUAAGGAGUAAAAAAAAUAAACAAACCCAUAAGUUUAUAUAAAAAUAUCUUAAAACUUAAUUUGGAAUCAGAAACUCUACUAUUAGAUACUACAAACAAUUUCAGAUAUUCAUAUUGAAUAAUAGUAAUAAGCUGCAAACUAAAAUAAAAAUACUUUCCAAAGCAUCUUUUAACAGCAAGCCCAGACAGCAAGCAUGUAACAAUAACAGUAGGAUGCGUUUAAUAAUAUGGAAAACCUUCACAAUAGAUUUUCUUGCUAAGUUAAAUAAUAUCUUAGUAAAAGGGAGUAAAAUGUUUCUAUUCUUUUAGAUUGUAUGGAAAUUAUUAAUGGACUUUAUCAUCUUAAUUUGAAAAACUCUCAUGCAUAAAUUCUGGCUAUUUUGAAAAAACCGAGUAAUAUUAAAAUAACAAGGAAUUUCUUGAGCUUUAUAAAGCAGAGCUUCUCUAAUUAUUUACAAGCUAUAGAGAAUCUUUCAAAUUAGGACGCUUAGCACUAUAUUUUAUACCAAGAAAAGAAAAAAGAUCUUUAGAAUUAAGAAGAGAUAGUGCUCUAAGUUCUCAAAGUUAUCCAAAACUCAUGUGAACUAUGCAACGAAGAAUUCUAAAAUUUCUUUAGAACUCAGAAUAUCAUUUCCAGUUAAUCGUAUGUCCCUUUGAAUAUACUCAAUGAGAUUCUUUACUUUAUGACUAAUUUCACCUAGUUGAAGUGUUCUUACUUUAAUUCCUUUGAUUAAAGCAGCUAAGGGAUUAACUGCAACAUAUUUUAAGGAUAGAAUUUAAAAUAUUAUCUCGUUAUAAACUAAUGUAUAUCCACCCUAAAAAAUCUUUGCAACGGAACUUCACCGAAGAACAAAGAAUUGCUUCUAAGCAAUAGCCAUUUCUUAGUUCAACUGAAUGCUAUUAUAACUGAAUCUGAUUUAGAUCUUUAAAGUGAAAAUUUGAAAGAUGUAAGAAUUCUCUAAACUGUUUCUAACUGUAUAGACUUACUUCUUACGAUAAUUGUAUGUUCAAACAAUGAGAAAUCUUUGCUUGGUUUAAUCACAAUCAUGAAUAUAGAAAAGCUAAUUAAAUUAUUGAAUUUCGUUUACCACUAUAAAAUAAAAUCUAGACUAGAAAUAAUCCAAUAGGAAUAGAUAUGUACUCAUAAAAACUCUACUACUUGUAGCACAAGUGUUUGCUAUAAAAAGUGCAUUACUUAUCAUGACCAGUUAGUGAUGAGAUUGGCAUUUAACAUUGUCAUAGUAAUUGAACUUAUCCUUGACAAAGUAAACGAAGAGGACUUGAACAUGAAAAUGAGAAUGCAGGAAGAAAGUUCAAAUUUACUUGGAAUUUUGUUAGAAAUGAAGAAAAAAGAAGACUUUUUUGAAAUGGAAUAAACCAAACUGCAUUCUGGGCUAAGUGUUGAAGCUGCUCAACAAAAUAGCUAAUCAGUCUAAAAAGUUUCUGAUAAAUUAUCCCAGUCUUUUGGUUAAAAGAAGCUUUACAAAAACCAAAAAACUGCUAAAAAAAUAUCUACUAAAAAAUCAACAACUUUACAUAAUUUAAUAUACAAUGAAAUAAAAGACGAUCAAUCUAGCAAAUAAGAUGAAAUAGAUGCAUUCUACUAAGACUAGUUGGUCCAUGAUAUGGGAGUUUAGAGAGAAGUUAAUCCUAGUGGUAAAAUAAACUACUACAAGAAAGAAAGAUUAUAUUUAAUUGAAAGCUUGAGCUUUUAUUUACAGUUUGUAGGUAGUGUUGAAAUAGUUUAGGAAAAUUAAAUAUCUAAACUUUUCUUUAGAAUACCAUUGCUUUCUUCUUACUUAACUCAUAACAUCAGAAAAAAUCUAAUCCAAAAAGCCGUUAAUUAUUCAGAUAAAAAUCGUUUAAAACUCUUAAUGAGGUACAGUGAAUACUUUUAGCAUGAGAUGAGAUUUUGCUAAAAUUUAUCAAAAUAUUCAUUAAUAAUUCAAGCUGUAGAAUAUAGGAAUGCCUUGAAUAUCUUUAUAUUUUUGCUUAUAGUUGCUAUCAACUUAAUUUUUCUAUUUAAAAUGCAAAUAAAACCUGAUGGUAGUACUUCUCUCAGUACUUCUCAGGACGUAAUUUUCUAAGUUCUUAAGUUAAUACACUUAAUUCUUACCUUUGCGAACAUGCUAAUUGUAACCAUUGAGAGAUAUCCUGUUGUUACUUAUUAAAAAUAUAUAGAAUUGAAAUAAAAUUACCGAAAUAAUAUCAUCUCAACUAUUUUAAGACAUAAAUUAGUUUCAUUUAUUUUUGACUUUGAUUUUAUAUAUUAUUUAAUAUAUCUCAUACUUGCUAUUGUCGCACUAGACCAGAUUGUUAUUUACUCAGUGCUUCUAAUAGAUAUUGUUAAGCUAAGUGAGGAUCUUACUUAAAUAAUUAAAAUAACUAAGUUAAACUUAAAUAAGCUCAUAAAAACGACUCUCCUUUGCUUUUUAAUUAUAUUUAUUUACUCUCUAAUUGGAGCUAUUGUGUUUCCAAACCAUUUCUCUGAUGCCGAGAGUUUUGGACCCGUAAACGCAGCCGUUUCAACAUUAGAUUUUUACUUUUUCUUCAGUACUAGUUUACUGGAAGGCAUAUUAAAUCCUCAAGGAAUAAACGAAGCACUAACAAUUCCUGGUGUUUCAUCAAAUGUUUACUGGGAUAGAUUCUUUUAUGAUAUUAGCUUUUGGAUUAUAAUAAAUUUCCUGUUUAUGGAUUUAAUGCUUGGUUAAAUUAUAGACUCGUAUGCACAAUUCAGAUACUUUUAGAGGAAAUAUGAAAAAAAUAUAAAACGUAAAUGCUUCAUAUGCAGUCUCACAGUAGAAGAUCUAGAAGCGAAAACUUUAGAUUGGGAGCAACAUAUCAAAUAUGAACAUAACUUAAAUAAUUACUUAAAUUAUAUCAUCUAUAUUAAAAGCAAACCUUUAGACGAAUGUGAUGGUAUAGAAAAAUAUGUAAAAGAGUCAAUAAGUAAAGAAAUAACAGAUUUCUUCCCAUAAAGAACUUCGUUGUCUCAAGAGAGAUUAGAAAUAAAAUAUUGA